AAACGCAAAUUAUUCAGUUGGGAGACAAUCUGAUCCAGUGUUUUGAGGCGGUUAAGCCACUUGCAACUGUGUUGCAACCACCGCUAAAGCAUCCUGACUUUAAGGAUGUCCAAGAACUUGUUAGCCUCUUCCCCUCAAACAUUCCAGUAAAUCCUUUUGUUUUGCAUGCAGAAUUUGGCAAUUUUGUAAGUCAUGCUCUGACACACGAACGUCAGACAAAUAAGAAGCUGGAUACCGUAGCUAAAGUGGGCAAACUCGCUGAAGGUUUCAAGUCAGCUUUCCCAUUUACCAACAAAGCGUACAGACUUCUCUUGAUGGUGCCUGUGACAGUGGCUAAGGAUGAGGAAACAUUCAGCAGGCUAAGCUAA